GCGGCCGUCGCCUUGGUGAGGGCGUCGCCCCGCCCCGCCCGCCUGGAGGUGGUGAGGACUGCGCAUGCGCCGCAGGGUCUGGGGCGGCUGGCGGAGCUCAGUGUUCAGGGGGCUCAUCUCAAAGUAUAACCAGAAAAAACCCUUUGCAAAUCGUGAAAGAAAAUGUCACAUAAAAACGCUAAAGUAAUCAGGAAAGUAAACAUCUCUAGCUCCUUGGAGUCUGAAGACAUUAGCUUAGAGACCACAAUACCAACUGAUGAUGUUUCCUCCUCCGAAGAGAGGGAAGGUACUGUUAAAAUCACUAAGCAGCUUAUUGAACGGAAGGAGUUGCUCCAUAAUCUUCAGCUGCUUAAAAUAGAAUUAUCUCAGAAAAACUUGAUGAUUGACAACUUGAAAGUAGAAUAUCUGACCAAGAUUGAAGAGCUAGAAGAGAAGCUUAAUGAUGCAAUCCAUCAAAAGCAGCUAUUGUCUUUACGACUGGAUAGCCAGCUGGCAUUACAGCAAGAAGAUGCUAGAAAACAUCAGGCUCUAAUGAAACAAGAAAUGGAAACCAUUUUAUUGAGACAGAAACAACUAGAGGAAACAAAUCACCAGUUAAGGGAGAGGGCAGGAGAUAUUCGUCGCAGCUUGCGAGACUUGGAAUUAACAGAUGACUGCUAUGAGAAGCUAAAGUCUCUUCCAGAAGACCAGCUUUCUAUUCCUGAAUAUGUUUCUAUUCGAUUCUAUGAAGUAGUGCAUUUGCUAAGAAAAGAACUAAAUGAUCUACAGGUGAAAAAGGAAAGCCUAAUGGAAGAACUAAAUGGAUACAAGUCCCAGCUGAAGUGUUUGACAGAGAGCUAUGAAGAUGAGAGGAGGAUUCGGUCAGACCUUGAGGUUAGAUGUCAGCGUUUAACACUGGAACUGGCUGAUACAAAGCGGAUGAUUCAGCAAGGUGAUUACAGACAGGAGAACUAUGGUAAAGUAAAAUGUGAACGAGAUGUAUUUGAACAUGAAUUGUCAGAACUCAGAAGAAAAUAUGAAGUAUUGGAGUUGUCUCACAAAGCACAAGCUAAAGAAAGAAAUGACUUAUCAAAAGAGCUGGCAACCUUACAACAGUCCCUUAACUUGUUGCAAAAAGAUAAAGAUUAUCUUAAUCGCCAGAACAUGGAGCUUAGUGUUCGCUGUGCACAUGAAGAAGAUCGUCUUGAAAGACUUCAGAUUCAGCUAGAGGAUACCAAAAAAGCUAGAGAAGAAAUGUAUGAAAAAUAUGUUACAUCCAGAGACCAUUAUAAAACAGAGUAUGAAAACAGACUGCAGGAGGAACUGGAACAAAUAAGAUUGAAAACAAAUCAAGAAAUUGAGCAACUUCGAAGCACCUCAAAGGAGAUGUAUGAACGUGAAAACAGAAAUUUGAGAGAAGCAAGAGAUAAUGCCGUAGCUGAAAAAGAAAGAGCAGUUAUUGCUGAAAGGGAUGCUCUAGGAAAAUAUGAUCAACUCUUAGAACAGUAUAGACAAAUGCAAAUUGGCACAGAAAGCAAAGUAGCUGAACUUCUUCACCAAAGUAAGUUAAAGUCCUUUGAAAGUGAACAUCUUCAACUCAUGCAGCAAGAAACAGCUAAGAAUCUUUCACAGUGCCAGAUAGAAUGUGAGAAAUAUCAGAGAAAGCUGGAGGUCCUUACUAAAGAAUUUUAUAGUCUUCAGUCUUCUAGUGAAACACACAUUAUUGAACUUCAAACACAGAACUCUGAGUUUCAGGCGAGGCUAGAUACUUACGAAAAACUUGAAAGAGAGCUUGAUGAGAUAAUUGUUCAAACAGCAGAAAUGGAAAAUGAAGCUGAAGCUGAAAGGGUUCUCUUUUCAUAUGGAUAUGGUGCCAAUGUUCCUACAACAGCCAAAAGACGGCUAAAGCAAAGUGUUCACUUGGCACGAAGGUUACUGCAGCUAGAAAAGCAAAACUCACUGCUUGUAAAAGAUCUGGAACAUCACAAGGAACAAGUAACACAGAUUUCACAAGAGCUUGACAGAGCAAAUUCUUUGUUGAAUCAAGUACAACAGCCAUACAAAUACCUGAUUGAAACUGUGCAACAGAGAGAUUCUCAAAUAAGUCUACAGAAAGAACAUAUUACACAGCUUGAAAAAGAUGUCAGUCUUUUAAAUAAAGAGAAGACAGCUUUGCUGCGUGUCAAGAAUCAAAUGGCAACAGAUUUGGAGAGACUUCUAAAUCAUCGUGAGGCCUGCAUGUGCCACAGUAUGCCCAGAAUCUCCCAUCACUCCCCAGUCGUCGAGACCAGAAGCCUGGACGGAGCAUUCCACAGUUCACUUCCGGAACUAGCAGUAAUGAAACAGGUUUUAAUUAGUCUACAAGGUAAAUGCUAUGAACAAAAUUUACCUCAGUCUCAUACUGAUGUAAAAAGUGUGACUGCAAAAAGCAAAUCAAGUCCUUCGGUAAAACUGCUGCCAGAACAUGAAGAAGAAAAUGUAUUUACACCUAAGCCGACAUUAUUUACAAACAAGGAGGCACCCGUAUGGUACAGGAAACUGCAGCAGAAAACAUCAGCUUAACACUUUUCCAAAAUUAUUCAAGAUAACCUUUGGGGGAAUUUUUCUUUGAAGAUAUUUUCACCAUAAUCAUGUCCUUGUUACCAUAAAGGCAAACAAUUGUUUUAUUUUCAACUAUACUUUUAUACCUGUAAAACAGUCUUAUGCUUCUUAAAAUAAUUUUUAGAUGUGUCAUGUGAAUAAAGUGUGUGGAAAUAAUGCAUGUAAUGAUUUUACUAACAUAUAUUUGAAUUAAAAAAGAUAAAUAAAUGCUAACAUAGUAUAUGCAUUUGUAACAUGGGCUAUUAAGGGCUUUUUAUUCAGAGUGUUCAAAUGAAUGCAUAUUUCAGCUUUUUUAUAUUGUUUUUCUUGGACACCGUAUUUCAUGCCAAAUUCCUUGCAACUAUUCUGUCUCAUAGAAAUUUAAGAAAUAUACAUGAGUUAGCAUCAGACUAUAUCCGACUUUCAAUAAAGGAAAUUCAUGUCAGGUGAAAAAAAUAUAAAAUCCUAAUCAGUCCUGUAGUUCUGUCUUUCUUUUUCUUUUUUACCAAGCAGUCAUUAAAAGUCUUCUGAAAAAGCAAUAAAAUAUAGCCUGAUUAUCAGCUCAGAUACUUUAUGGGCUAGAUACACUUGCUCCAGUCUAGUUACGACAGUGUAAAAGCAAUGAUAGAACUUUGAUGUGUGUCAUAGUUGUGUAAAGGUGAAAUAGGUAAUUUGCCAUUUUUGAUUGUAUCAAAAUAAGAACCAUCUUCCAAGAAUGCCAUCCAUUUAUUCAUUCCAUUACACCACAUGUUUAGUCUAUAGCAAAAGUCUCUAAUAAUACAAACCAUUUUAAAGCACCUCUGAUUGCUUAGGCUAAAUUUUAUAUAUAACAUAAAUAGGUGGGAUUGUUGGAAGUGACUGUACACUGAAAAUAUUGCUCAGAAAGUGACUGUACACUGAAAAUAUUGCUCAGAUUUACAUGCUAGAGGAAGCUCCGUUUUUUCACUUCCCUCUUUGCCUGCCAGCAUCUCUGCAACUGAUUCAUUGGUCCUUUCUGGACAUGAACUAUAACUGCUUACUAUAUAUAAAUACUGAGCUAUAUCAAGCUUGUAAUUCCUAGAUAUGCCUUUCUCCAUUUUCCAAACAGCAGCCUGAAGCAAAGCAAUACUUCUUUUAUUCCAGGUGAGCUUCAAUUUCUUUAUAUUUUUUUCUAAUUCUAGGAGAAUGAGAUAAAAGCACCAGCACUGCAUACUGCAUAGCUGUAGUUAAUUGUUAGUUUAAUAAUGACUAGUGAGAGAGUAACUUCUGAUAUUGUUUCAGAAAUGUAAAUAGUUAGUAAAAUAAAUUUUAUUUACUCCCAAAAAUAAACAAAUGAAAAGUCAUGAAUACUCAGCUUUAAUUAGCAUGUACAAAAAAUAUGGAGUACACUUGUAUUCUGUUUCAUCUUUUGAUCAAAAUUGGAUACAUAUGGGGAAAAAAGAUACUACUGAAGUGAUAAAUAUUUUGAAUGCCAAACAGGUUUAUGUGCUAAAGCAUAUCACAGGAUUAAAAUUUUGAUGCUUUGAAUGAAGAAGGCAGAGUAUGCAGGCAGGAGUUAUACCUUAUUAGACUUGCGUUCCCUGGAAAAAAAAUACACAGAUCUUUGGGCUCAGAAAUCUAUCUGUACAGGCAUUCCUGGAUUAACCUUGGUAUCAUGAAGUCCAGGUUUUUAUGUAAUUUAUAUUUUUACAUGAAUUAAAUCAUUAAAAGUUUUUGUUUUUCAGGUGAAAAUCCCAUAUUGCAGAUAUGAAUUUUGUAAUUUUAUAAUAAGUACUUCUUAUUAUUCACUGUCCCUAGCUUAACUUCUCAGACUGUCCUGUUUGUCUGUUAUCACCCAAUGGUCUAUAAAUUGUAUUAUCUAGAAGGAUUGCUAACUAUUUUAAGUAAGAGACUAGCUGGAGUCUAAGUAUUCACAUUUGUUCUCUCAUAGUAUUCUUAUAGCCAAACUGAUGACAUAUGGACUAUAAGGUGGGUAGAAAAUUGGCUGAACUGCUAGGCUUAAGGAAUUGUGAUCAGCAGUGCAAAGUCCAGCUGGUAGAACUCUGCCAUAGUAUACUAGCAUCCCAUAGCAUACUAGCAUCCCUGAGCAACUUCAAAGACAAUACCAAAUUUGAGGGAGUAGUCUAUACAGUGGGGGCAGGGCUGCUGUUUCAAGGGACCUUGACAAGCUGGAAAAAUGGGUAGACAAGCACCUCAUGAAGUUCAACAAAAGCAAAUACAGAGUCCCACAUCUGGGGUGGAAUAACCCAGUGCAUCAGUACAGGAUGGGGGCCAACUAGCUGGAAAGCAGCUUGGCAGGAAAAGACCUCAGGCUCCUGGUGGACAAAAUGUUGAACAUGAGUCAGCAAUACACCCUUGCAGCAAGCUAGGCCAACCACAUCCUGGGCUGUGUGAAAAAGAAGGUCAAGGAAAGUAAAUAUUCCCCUCCAUUCGGCACCUGUGAGACCACAUGUGGAAUGCAGUGUGCAGUUUUGGGCUCCCUCACUGAAGAAAGACAUUGACAUAUUGGAGCAAGUCCAGCAGAGGUCCACCUGGAUGGUCAGGGCUGUAGCAUAUGACAUAAAGGAGAGGCUGCAAGAACUGGGCUUCAGCCUUAAGAAGAGAGGGCUGCAAGGGGAUCUUUUUCUUCAACUACCUAACGGAAUAGUAGAGAGACAACAGAGCCAGACUCUUCUCAGAGGUGCAUAGUGAUAGAACAAGAAGCAAUGGAAUUUGGAAUGGAUUUGAAACACUGGAAAUUUCAACUGGCUAUUAUGAAAAAUGUUUUUACUAUGAGGGAGGGUGGUCAGACACUGGAAUGGGCUGCCCAGAGAGGUGGUGGAAUCUCCAUCCUUGGAGAUACUCAAAAUUCAAUUGGACAAAGUUCUGAGCAACCUGAUCUAAUUGGACCUUGUUGAUCAGGGGGUUGAACUAGAUGAUUGACUUUCAAAAUUUCCUUCCAACCUAAAUUAUUCUGUCAUAAUGUUUUUACUCAUUUCAGGUAGUGAUAUUAAUUUACUUCUCCACAGCCAAUAGACACAAAAUUUGUAACUCUUCCAUGGAAAUGCAAUGUGCAAGAAUGUUUUGAUGUUUCUAGAAUGAAAUAUGCUUUGUAAAAUAGUGUGUCUUCCAGGCAACCUGAUUUUCUAGGAAAGCUGACAGAAAAUUAGGCUGAUUUCUGGUAAAUUCUAACAGAAAAAGGGUUUUUUUGGAAAACUGCUAAUAAGCUCCAAUUUAAAAUUUGGAAACAUGAAAGUCAGGUUUUUUCAUACAUAGAUAGUAUAAACUUCUGUCAGCAGAUUCGUUUAACUCAUGUAGUCUUUGUUCAAAUCUGUUCAAUGUGUAAAUUUUUUUGCAGUUGAAGACUUUGUAUUUUUCAUGUCUCUUCAUUCAACGCUAAGGCUAUAGUUAAUUAUCUAGGAGGAGACCUUCUAACCUUUUCAUGUGAAAGCUAGAAUGUCACUUAAAUAUAACUAUUCAAAUGUGAAAUGCCCUACAGCAAAAAUUAAUGAACCUUCUUGCUCUUUAAGUAAUGAAAAGGUUCAGUUGCAUUACCUGUACAGCAUUUUUACUGAUGUUAUUUCCCACAAACAUAGUUGUCAAAUGAAUUAUUCCUGAAUUCUUCUUCAUGAAAUGGUCUUUGCAGUUUCCCGUUGUAGAAGGUCUUGUGUCCAUGAUCUGUGAGUCAAAAAUAAUGAGGUAAAGAGGCAUUUCUAAGGGUAGUCAUGCAUGUAAGCAACUUGUGACUGAAGUGCCCAACCCACAUAAUCAUCCACAGUUCCUCUUUUUCAACCCAAAGAGAGCAAAGAAAGAAAAAUGUCCAUCCUGUAUUACAUUUCUUGGUACAUUAAGUUGGUGUUACUCAAGUGUUAAGUUUCAUAAGUAUAUGGGUUGAAUUAAAAAGAAGGAAGGACCGUCAGUUUAGAGCAGAUUAGGAUUUUUUUUUCUUUUUACAGUAUAAUUGCUCUCUCGCAUUUCCAUCUUUUGCUGGAAGCAAAGUAGCUUCUAAAUCACCAAGGAAAUGGCAUGAUCUGGGAAAAAAAUCGAAAACAUGAAAAUGCUUUCUUUAAUAAGGAGCUAAACUCUCUUAAGGCUUGUUUGCUGAAUCCUGUGGUCAAAUUUCUUUGGUGGUGUUGUUUCUAAAUAUCAUGUGUGCAAAUAAAUGCUAUGUAAUUGGGAUUUGUAGCUUUUCUUCCCUUCAAAGCAGUCUAUAGAAAAUAGUGAUGAAACCUUGGAAAAGAGGAAUGAUUGUAAAUUUAAAUAUUAGUUGUCUGAAUAUUUGUGAGUAUCUCUUGGAUAAGAUUUGUUGCCUUCUCACUUUCACUAGUGUUUUCAGUUUCACUUAUCUUUUUGUAUGACAUCUAGUUCCAGCAAAAGGAAAGACUAACUCUACUAAACCUCUCACAUCAGCAAGACAAUCAGGUGGAAUUUUUCUGUUCCUGGUAUGCAUUCAUUAACUUCCACAUCUUUGCAGGAGCACUUUUGGUAGAAGACUAGAAAACAUGAAUUUCUAGAAACAAUUUAUUACUUUUUGAAGAAGUAGUUAUUUAGAUGCCUCAGUCAAUUGUCAACCUGUUCCACGUUUUUUACAUGAAAACAAAUUUAUACAGAACAGUUUGUCUGUACCAUUCUCUCAUAUCUUUCAUACUCGUUACUCUCAUUGGAGAGGUCUACUGAGGGAAGAAUUUAUCUCCCUGUUAACAUUAUGUUUAAUAGAACACAUGCCAGACUUUACUAAGUCAAAGAAAUGUAUCCCUAGUAUUUUCUUAUACCAAAGAAUAUAGAGGAUCUGUAAUCAUUCUUGACCUUUGAAAAUGAAACAAGUACCUCUAGAAGAUCAAGUUUUGCUUAGUGUCUUUGGAAAAUAUUAUCCCCUUCUUAAAAUUCCCAGGAUUGAUUGGAACUCUUGACCUUUAAAAUGCAUGCUUCCAUAGCUUAAUAAGGCAGUUAGGGUAUUUCAGAGUGAAGCUGGGCAGCAGUCAGCAACAGUACUAGGUGCUAACUCGUGGUGGGACAAUGUUGCCAGAGGAAAUGGGCAACAGUCGGGAAUUAUGGAAGAGUGGGAGGAAUACUGCAGAAAUUCUUAGCACUCAGAGUAGAAGUAGCUAGAGCUCUUCUCAGAUGUUUAGACCCUGUGUAUCUCCUCUGCAGCUCUUUAAGCCCUCUGCUGAGAGCAUGAAAAGCAUCAGCUUUGUUCCACAAAGGUCAUUUUUGUAGAGUUCCUUGAGGUUUCUUUACUCAGUGAUAAGUUUUGCACAAUAGUAAAUAGAUCUCAGUUGACCAUAAAUACCUGUAUUUUGCUUUUCUUUUUCUUUUUUUAAGAGAGACUCCUUUUUGUCAGGACAUUGGAACUGUGUUCAAAUAAAUGGUGAAUUUUAAUUAACUUUCCUUUUAAAGGAUGAAGGAGGCAAAAGAAAAACCAAAUUUCAUCCCUGUGAAAGUGGGAAAUGGCAGAAGUAUUAAAUAUAAAAAGUUAGGACUGAUCGUGGAAAUAGCUUUUACUCAGAAACUUACAUGUUUUCAUAGAUUGUGAGCCCCUUUUGAAGAUACUGCAGAAAUAACCACUGUAAAAGAGAACGCGGCUUUGAUUGAAGCAAUAGAAUCAACUUUGUUUGACCAUGAAUAAUUGAAGUCUUUGUGUUAAUGCUUCUUUUAAGGAGUAGUGGAUCAGUAAAUGUAACGUAAUUGCAGGAAAAGUCUUAUGGAUGGAAUUUAUGACUGCAUUUCAAUGAAAGUCUUUUCAUUUUUCCUUCUUGGUUAAAUAGAAGAAGGAUUACUUAGAUUAUUCAGUGUUGCAGCUGAAACUGUUAGCAAUUCCCAGUGCUCCCUUCUAUCGUCAUUCUAGAGAUAGAUACAUAGUGCAGCGUGCAAGACUUUCUCUUUUGCUUCCUUAUUCAGAUCUUUAGAAGAAUUUGUUUCUAUAUGUGUCGUUAUUAGGCAGCAAUGUAAUGCUUGACUUUUGUGAGGAAGUUGUCCUCAAGAAUUUAUAUGUGAAUUUUAAACAGGACUAUUCCCUAAGUUCAGAGGCUCUUUCUAAAAGAAAGAGUUGGAAAUAUUCCCACUGAGUUCUCUGUCAGAACUGGAGGGAUAGUCAUUUCUGUGCCCAAACUUUCUAAUGCUCCCCGUCACUGGUGUAGUGCUGCACAUACAGGAGACUUGUCACUCUGCAUUUCACAGGCAUAUGAUUUUCAAGUACACAGUUGCCAGUACCAGUGAAGCCAUGUAAAUGGAAAUUCACAAGUCGUCAUCUGGAGCUGUGUUUAAGAUGUUCACACAUAAACUGAUAUCACUCAUCUUUUCUGUGAUCCUGUGGAAAGUAUAAGGAAAAAAUGCAAUACUUAGUGCAGUCUGUUCCUCCCAUUUCUCUCCUCUCUCCUUUAUGGGGGUUAAAUAAUUUUGAUGUAUAAAUAAAACUCUAUUGAAUCUUCACCCUUAGAUAUUUGAAAGUCAACAUUCUGCAAGUCCUGCAAGGAGGGUUAAAUCCUUUCUUUUUGAUAUGUCUUCAGAGAUCUGUAUUCAGAUUGCAGGUAUUGAUCAGGCGACACUUAAAAAUGAUUAAGGAUCUCUGCUUACACAUUAAUCUUUAUUUUAUUAACUUACUAUUUAAACAGUAAGUCUCAGAAAUCUACUCAGUAUUUAUGAGUAUAGUGCUACGUGCUUGAAAGUGGCAACAAGCAAUAAAGAGAACAAUAUGUCAAUGACUCGAGUCUUACUGAAUUAGCACAUUCCUUGUCAUUUUGUGUUGUUUCCUUCAUUAUUGCAGUAAUUAACUUUGCAGAAUUGCAUUUGUUCCAUUCACCAGGGGAUGGAGAACAAUAAUAGUGUUUACUAACAGCAGGAGGGAGCUUACCUUCCUUUCUCUACUCUGUAAUAUCUCUACUGGCUAAUCUUAAUGCACAGGUAGGGUGCCCUUCUACACAAUGGAGACUCUGAAACCUAAAUCAGCUGAUAAGAUCUGUUGUCAAUGAAAACAGAAUACCCAAUCUUAUGAAAUAUAGUGGGUUUUCAUUCUGACAUGCCAUUUCAGAUCUGUACAGGCUGAAACCUUUGUCAAACAUUUUUACACAUUGAUAACAAUUCUCAUAGUUGUGAAUGACCUGAAAAGAAGUACAGAUUAUUUUCAGUCUGUUAAAACUGUGCAAUUGCAGAGAGACAAAUGAUGUAAAGUUCUCAUGUUUCUAGCUGUAACAUCAGGAAUCUUCCCUGAUAAUUUGCUGUUGUUCUUCUGUAGUUGUAAAGCAAAAUAUUAUAUAUAUGAUGUAUACAUUUUAAACAUAAAUUUAAGGGAAUGUAGUUUUUUACAAAGCAUUUUUUCUGUGAAAAACAAUGUUUAUGUUGCUUAUGGUUAUGAAUGAAAUGAAAAUAAGAUAUCUUAACAUUAAUUUUAAUUAAAAAUAUAAAGGAUACUGUACUGCAUCAUUUUUGUGGGUUUAUCUCAUCCACUGUCCUGUCUCCAAGAGUUUACAGGUUCAUGACAGAAAGGUGCAAAGUUCCUGUGGGCCAACAGUAGACAACGUUAUGUUUACUGAUCUGAAUGAUAGUCCUAAUUUUCAUAUAAAUGUCCAGUAUCUGUAAUUUGCAAACUUUCAGAUUCAUUGGAUGUCUAUGGAAAUAAAAAUACCUGUGUUUUUUUAUACCUA